AUGAAAAAAUACGAUUUAGCUAGAGAAAUGGGCUAUGUAAACAUUCGUCAGUUCAAUGACCGAACGGAGCCGAAACUCUCCGAAUCCGCCCGCCCGCCUCAGUCCAUCGCCAACUGCCGCACCGACAUUCCCGAAAACAUCGCAACCGAACGCGCGGUACCUAAACAUUCACUUGGCAAGCCAAACCAGUCGUCCGAAAAUCAGAAAAAAGGAAAAAUACCAAAUUUGAAAUUUGGAAACGCGUUCGUGAUAAGUCUAGUGAAACUUAAUUUUUUUUUCUCGUGCCAAAGUGUCAGUGUGUGGUGGAUUUUCGAGUUUUAUUCCGUGAUACCGCGAUGCCGAGGCAGUGACACACCGGGUUGA